AUGCUGGGCAAGGAUUACAUGCUGGCCAUCAUUCUGGUCAACUGCGAUGAUGACUUGUGGGGGGACCAGAGUCUGGAGGGGGAGCCAGGUUUGCCCCCUGGCUGGAGGAAGAUCCGCGAUGCUGCAGGUACUUAUUAUUGGCAUGUACCCAGCGGUAGCACCCAGUGGCAGCGCCCAACCUGGGAGUCAGGAGAUGCAGAGGACCCAGGCACGAAGACGGAGGGAAUUUGGGGACUUCGGCCCCCCAAGGGGAGAUCCUUCUCCAGCCUGGAGAGCUCACUGGACCGGAGUAAUUCUGUGUCCUGGUAUGGUGAAGAAUCCUACAUCCAGAGAAUGACGCCAGGGGCUAAGUGCUUCGCAGUCCGCUCUCUGGGCUGGGUGGAAGUACCUGAAGAGGAUCUGGUACCAGGGAAGAGCAGUAUUGCAGUCAAUAACUGCAUCCAGCAGCUGGCCCAGACUCGUAGCCAGAGCCAGCCCCCGGAUGGUACCUGGGGCGAGGGCCAGAACAUGCUGAUGAUCCUGAAGAAGGAUGUGAUGAGCCUGGUGAAUCCCCUGGACCACAGUCUGAUCCACCGCCAGCCUCUGGUGCACAUUCGUGUAUGGGGUGUGGGCAGCUCCAAGGGCCGUGACAGCCCCAUCUCUGACCCUGCCAGGGACUUCGCUUUUGUGGCGGGUGACAAAGACAGCUGUAUGCUCAAGUGCCAUGUGUUUCGCUGUGACGUCCCUGCCAAGGCCAUUGCCAGUGCCCUACACGGGCUCUGUGCCCAGAUCUUGUCAGAGCGAGUAGGGGUCAGUGGGGAUUCCCCUUGCUGCUCGCUAGACCCCAUCUCCCCUGAAGACCUGCCUCGACAAGUGGAGCUACUGGAUGCGGUGAGCCAGGCUGCUCAGAAGUACGAGGCACUGUACAUGGGGACUCUGCCAGUCACCAAAGCCAUGGGCAUGGACGUGAUGAACGAGGCCAUUGGUACCCUCACCACCCAUGGGGACCGGGACGCCUGGGUCCCUGCCAUGCUCAGCAUAUCUGACUCUCUCAUGACUGCACGUCCCAUUCAGGCAGAGGCUGGUGCAGAGGAGGAGCCACUGUGGCAGUGCCCUGUGCGCCUCGUGACCUUUAUUGGUGUUGGUCGUGACCCACACACCUUUGGCCUCAUUGCCGACCUGGGCCGUCAGAGCUUCCAGUGUGCGGCCUUCUGGUGCCAGCCCCAUGCAGGGGGACUCUCUGAAGCUGUGCAGGCUGCUUGCAUGGUUCAGUACCAGAAGUGUCUUGUGGCCUCUGCGGCUCGAGGCAAGGCCUGGGGUGCCCAGGCCCGUGCCCGCCUGCGGCUCAAGCGGACCAGCUCUGUGGACUCCCCUGGAGGUCCCCUGCCCCUCCCCCUGCUCAAAGGAGGGGUUGGGGGUGCAGGGGCAGCCCCCCGAAAGCGGGGCAUCUUCUCUUUUCUUGAUGCCUUCCGGCUGAAACCCUCUCUGCUCCACAUGCCCUAA